AUGCGCCGACCAAGCGCGCCUAAGACGGCCAAUGCUUGUCUUUCGUGCAAGGAGAAAAGGAUAAAGUGUACAGGCCAGCCGAGCCCGUGUCAAGCUUGCAAGAAGACUGACCGGUACUGUCAUUUUGACUUGAGACUUGACGCAAGAAGGAGGAAAGCAGGCGAGCUAUCCGCUACUCAACGGCAGCAUUGGUUCAUUCUCGAGAGUCUGCUUCGAAGCAUCAAGUUCAACGACCGCGAUAUGGUGCAAAGACUUGUUGAGGCGAUCAGGAGUGACGAGUCGCCCCAGAAGGUGGCCGAAACAUUUCGAGCCAACAUUCAACUUGUGGAUCACCUGGGAGAAUUGACCAAGCAGGACAUAAGUGACGCUGAUAUAAUCACUCUCGUCCUUCAAUGUCUCUCCUACCCUUCGCCGGGAUCCCGGACAAACAGCCUAGAUUCCGAGACACGGUGUGGUCUUCUCAGGGCACCUUCAUCCUCCUUCUCAGACUCCUCAUCCAUUUCUCCCCCGUCUAGCUACGCCGUGUCUUUCGAUGAAGCGUUCCACUCCGCGGUCCAAAGCAGCAGUGUUGAUGACGAAGGUGGAAUUGGCGACGAACUUGCACCUCAUGAUAUCGCAGACAUUGGAUCGAUGACUACGUACAACCUGGUCAAUAUGCCAGCUUCCGCGUCGUCCGGUCAACCCAUGUGCUCGGCAGAUAUCGACAGUGGCAUCUUACUCCCAACGAUCGGUCUUGCUCAGGUGGUUGAUUUCGAAGCCGAACUGGCGCUGUCCGAGAAUCAAAGUCAGCAUCGUCGCUUCUCGCUACCAGGUACACUGCAAUCCGGCGGAGUCUAUGGGGGUCGCUCCUUUAUGAAGGGCUGGGACCACAUGCGUAACCCCUCGCUGCUGCGAACAUUCACACUCCCCCUGAUCUAUCCGGGGGAUCCGGUAAAUGACAUCGUCCUUGCCUUCCGAGACAAGGCUCGAGAUCUGCUAAAGUCUGGUGCUUCUUUGCGCUCCAUAAUGGGAUCUGGACCCACCGACGUGGAAUUGCUAUUUCGACCAAGGCAGUCCGAUGACGAAUGGAAUGUGCCGAAUUGGGCGUGCGAGACGACGUCGGACCUUGAAGAUUUCGAUUUCCAUGUCCGACUCAGUCAAGUUUUUAUGCGUAUCCGGUUCAUGAGGUGGUUGAUCCUGCCCAACGCGGAAAUGUUUACCGGCAUCCCAGGUAUCCUGAAACCAACAGUGGCACAAAUGCGGUUUCCGCACUCCGUGGCCAUAGAUUUCCUACCCAUCCCGGCGGUUCGAAAUAGUCUGGUUCGACAACUACGCGACUGGCAGACACUCUUGAGCAGAGCCAAGUAUAGCUGCAACUGGAGCGAGAGUCUAGGUCCGGCAGUCAUCACCGAUCCGAUCUCGGGACGACGAUGUUUAAGCGCACAGUUCGAAAAGCACAUUUGCGUCUAUCAGAACUGGAGUGCCAGUUCAAAUAUCCUAGAAACUUGGCCAGAGCUGUCGGGAGAGCUGACGUUGGAUAGAGCUAUAUAA